AUGUCUGCAACACCUCUCGAUUCUUUCCGCCAUGAUCGACCGUUGGCCGAGUCGAUUGCCGCCGCCACUCGACCUAUACACGCCAAGCUUAACAAGCUUAUUAUUGCCCGGCUGCCGUUGGCCCUACCUCCUCGAGCAGCUGACCCGUUUCCGUACACACACGGGUUGCUGCACGUUGCGCCGAUAUACCUGACGUUUGAGUCCCUGUGGCUUGAUUUUCUCACCAAUCCAACUGGGCCUCGUCAAGAAUCCUCGUCGAGCAACCGCGAGAGAGGCCCGCAGAGACCACGCGAGUCGGAGACGCUGCGGCAAACGUUGGACAGGCUGUAUAUCCCGCGGUUGAUGCGUUCGGAUCGGCUUGUAAGUGAUGUUCGGGUCAUGACCGGAUGGUCGGAAAAGGUGACGAGGGAGCAAAUGGACGCUGUUGGCGAGACUGGCCACCUGGCAGAGUUUGUCAAGCACAUUCGACGCGCCAUCAAGAACAAGCCUCAUGUGCUGCUGUCGUACUCGUACAUAAUGUUCAUGGCGCUCUUCGCAGGGGGUCGCUUUAUACGAGCGACUCUCGAGUCGGCGGGCGCCGAGUUUUGGGCGCAACCAGUCCCCGCGGCCGCACCUGGCCAUCAUCCGUCCGAGCCGUCUUGGGCGCCGAGCUCAGGGCGGGCGGGUCCAUCACAGCCGGCGUCCCGAGAGGCCCAAGGCCUGCCUCUGCGGUUCUUCCAUUUCGACACUCCCUUUGACGGCGAGGAUUUGAAGCGAGAAUUCAAGCACGUCCUGGCAGAGUCGGAAGAGUCGCUCAGCUACCGCCAAAAGCACGACAUUGUGCAAGAAGCCAUUUGCAUAUUCGAGAACAUGAUUCUGGUGGUGGCUCAGCUGGACAGGGUAGUGGCCAGACCGGACGGCAGGAGAGAGUCGACCAGCUCGCUGGCCACUGUCAUUACACACCCUGUGGCCAACCGCUUCCGUGACAGCGUGCUGGUGACGAGAGAACGCAACGCCCGGAGUUGCACAAGGAGCAAGGCCUCGGCCGAGGAGCAAUUGGAAGCCGGGGAUGGGGAGGAGGGGGAGGAGGAGGAGGAGGAGGAGGAGGAAGAUCAGGAGGAGGAGCAGCAGGAGCAGGAAGAGCAGAGUGCGCUCUACCCAAGCUGGGACAACCAUCCAACAAUUCCGGCCGCCCUUGGGGCCGCCGCGAUAGAGUUGUGCCCGGCCAUGUCAAAGUCUGUGAGGUUUGAAAGGGCUGUGCCGCAAGCCUCACGGACCCACCGUAAGGCAGGGGAUGCGGCGACGGGGGAUAUGGCCGAAAGCCUCGGGAUGGCUUCCAAGCGCCUUGGUCGGGAACAAGUAGCCACGUGGGUGUUGGGGAUAGUCAUCGGGGUGAUUAUCCUGGGGGCCGUAUUUUCGGGGCGCCGGGCCUCGACGGGGUAG